GAAAAGUACUCUUUUUUUUUUUUUGUGUAAAUUAUUUUCUGUGACGUUUUUUUUUAAUGUUAGCCAACAGUUGUGUCAGUAUACUUGUAACAAGGCAAUAUGUUCGUAAACGAUAUUGCGUCGGUGUUAAAUUUAUUUUCGCGGGAAAUUAAUGUUAUUAUUAACAACAUAGUCCCAUUAAAUUGUGUAUAAGAUUAAUAUUUAGUAAUAGAGAUAUUUUUUUUACAUAAGAGGUGUAUAAUAUCCGACCAUACUCGUAAUGAUUUUAUCUAUCGGGUUCACGUGAUUAUUAUAUUUUUAUAUGAUAUAGCAAUGCAUAUUACAUUUGUAAUUGAUAAAGGUAAAUCUAUAUAAGUAUCGCGUAAAAAAUACAAACCUUAGUAUUGCGGCGCUAUAGGCCUAUCUGUUUAGUUCAAUGCCAAAGGCACUGUCAUUGGUACCUAAAAAAAUAGUUAACGCACAGUUUUGACAAACGUACACUUGUUUGUUGCAUAGUGUAUUACGCCGCUGGUAUUAUUAUUAUUAUUUAAUACACUUGUUAGACGUAAAAAAAAUAGAUGCUUCAUAAUAAUGACGUGUUUUACGACUGCUUUUUGGGCAACUGUUUUAUUAUCUGCAUUGCAAUUAUCGUCGCAAAAUAAUGGCAACGACCAGCCGAUAGUCGGGAUUUUGACUCAAGAAAUCAAAUGGUCAGUAUUAACGAAGAGCAACCCUGAACUACCACUUAGCACGACUUACAUAGCUUCUUCGUACGUUAAGUCUGUGGAAGCUUCAGGAGGUCGAGUGAUUCCGGUUUUCACCAAUAGGUCACUAAUGUAUUAUACCGAAGUAGUAAUGCAAGUCAAUGGAAUUUUAAUACCCGGCGGAGGAGCCGAUUUUACUACCGAUUAUGGAAUAGGUAGAUCAGUGGAUAUGAUUUUCAAAGUAGCAAAAAUAAUAAAUACCGCUGGCGAUUACUUUCCUAUUCUAGGCAUUUGCCUAGGAUUUGAACUUCUCUUACUAAGUUCAAACAAAGGAGUAUCACCGCUAACAAAGUGUCGAUGUAACAACCUCAAUACGCCAUUGAAUCUAAUUUCAGACAUGGAAGCCAAAAGUGUUUUAUUUCAAACUAUGCCAAACGAUAUUAAAGAUAUAUUGUUGUCUGAACCGGUUACAGCAAAUCAUCAUGGUUGGUGUAUGACGAGAAAAAACUUGACUUCUACAGGUUUAGAUUCAUUUUGGAAUGCAAUAACAAUAAAUAAUGAUAAAGAUGGUCUCGAAUUUAUUUCCACGAUAGAAGGCAUAAAAUAUCCAUUCAUAGGAUUACAGUUUCACCCAGAAAAAAAUGCUUAUGAAUGGGAACGAGGUGAUCCGCACAACUGGGAUGCCAUAAUCACAGCACGAUACUUUUAUGAUUUCUUUUUAAACAAAUGUCGUAAAAAUAAACAUAAAUAUUUUAGCAAAAAAAAGCUGAAAAGAGAUUUAAUAUAUAAUUACCAACAAACAUAUGUUGGCAAUGUUACAAAUGCUAUGUUCGAACAAGUAUACUUUUUUAGUGACGGUACAAUAAAAACUGACUUGGAAAUAUGAUCUCCAGACUUAUUAAAAUCACCAAUUUCAACAUUUUAUUCUCCACUUGAUUAUGUUAAGCAUUCUAGCAUUAAAUUUUUAAGUAUUUUAAAUUGUAAAAAAUCAGUUACACAAGUAACUGAUUGUUGUAAUCGAGUCAAACACAUCAGCAGUUUUGGAAAAAAUGUUAAUUAAAUAAUAAAUAACUAGGAUUUUUUUUUCUUUAUUUACAAAUCA